GGAUGAGAUGAACCCAUCAAUCGACUAGUCAGCAGUAUCCGGAAUACAACCAUUCGCGGCGGAUACCGUCGUCCGGGGAGAAGAAGUCCGUCAGCUUGGAGGCAACUCAAACAAAAAACAGAAGAAAAUAGAACGCCAGAGUAUAGAUCGAGCUCGUGCACGCUAAGGAGAGUUACAUAAAACCCAACGAACAGCUAAAUUUGUGACAAUCUAGUUCACUAUGAACAGUAGUUUCACGUUAUAAGCGAUGCCAAGAGGAGCCAGUUUCCGAUCGAACUACGACGCAAAGUGAACAACAUUCUUUGUUUUCCCUGACAUCGAGCAGCAAAUCGCCCGUGGUAGGAGCCGUUUUUUUUUUGUUUUCGUGAAAAGGAUCUUCUUCAAAAUGGUGGCAAUCAGCUCAUCACUAGCUAACAAGAUGGCACCGAAUGCAACGGUAGAAGCGACCGGUGUGCUGAACGAAGCCGAUGCCGAAACCAUCGACGGAGGCCUCUCGAAGGACAUCAUCCCACUGAAGCGGGCGGAGAAGCGCAAAAUUAAGCUGGUAUGGCGAAAUGUGAUUGCCUUCGGAUACCUCCAUCUGGCGGCCGUUUACGGUCUCUGGUUGCUGUUGACCUCGGCCCGACUCUACACCGUCGCCUUCGCAUUCGUCCUGUACGUCAUGUCCGGUCUUGGGAUCACGGCCGGUGCCCACCGUUUGUGGGCUCAUCGAUCGUACAAAGCGAAACUACCGCUGCGGAUCAUACUGGCCGUGUUCAACACGAUUGCCUUCCAGGACUGCGCCAUGCACUGGGCCCGUGAUCAUCGGGUUCACCACAAGUACUCGGAAACGGAUGCCGACCCGCACAAUGCGACCCGUGGUUUCUUCUUCUCGCACGUCGGUUGGCUGCUGUGUCGCAAACACCCGGAGGUUAUUGCCAAGGGACGUCAACUGGACAUUUCCGAUUUGAAAGCCGAUCCGGUUCUUCGGUUCCAGAAGAAAUACUACAUGAUUCUGAUGCCACUGGCCUGCUUCAUUCUACCGACGAUCACGCCGGUCUACUUCUGGAAUGAAACCUGGACUAACGCUUGGUUUGUCGCUACCCUGUUCCGUUGGACCUUCAUUCUGAACGUAACCUGGUUGGUAAACAGUGCCGCACACAAAUGGGGUGACAAACCGUACGAUAAGAGCAUCAACCCGUCGGAGAACAAAACCGUGGCCUCGUUCGCGUUCGGCGAAGGUUGGCACAACUACCACCACGUGUUCCCGUGGGACUACAAGACGGCUGAGCUCGGUAACUACCGGAUGAACUAUACGACCGCGUUCAUCGAUUUCUUCGCCAAGAUUGGCUGGGCGUACGACAUGAAGACGGUUUCGAACGAGAUUAUCGAGAAGCGGGUCAAGCGAACCGGUGACGGCACCCACAACACCUGGGGCUGGGGCGAUGCCGACCAGGACAAGGAGGAGAUCAGCGAUGCCAAAAUUAUCAACCGGAAGGAGGAUUAAAUUAGGCCGCGAGGCAAACAAAAACAAAAAAAAUACAUGAGAGAAGAUUGACUGCGGGAAUGCGAGACAGAAAGAAUGGGCGCAAGUGCGAACGAUAGUUAGAAGGGUAUAUAUUUAAACUGUUUAAUUACUCCAGUAGUACAGCAAAAGGUGAUCUUUUUUUUUAUUAUAAACAUUAUUCGUACAAGCAUGCGUUCCUCACCUCCAGGGGAACGAUCCCAAGUGUCGUUGACUAUGCCAGGGAGAGCUGUUAGGUUGGAGCAGUUGGAUUGUGAUAAAAGUUGAUUUUUAUUCACCCGAAUCCGGGUGAUCCUAAGAUGGUCUAAGAUCAACAAAUAUUAUUUCAAGGUCUGCGACAAACAUCAAAAGCUGCAUCCAAGUGUCUAAUUCAGGAAAUUAACGAACCAAGUUUGUUACUAGAAAAUAUAUAUAUAGGAAAUUCGAAAUUUCAAUGGAAUUGUUCGAAAAUUCAGCUGGAAUGUGCAACAUUUUCUAUCGGCAAAUUGGAUGAAAAAAUCAUGGCUAUAUUUACUUAGCUUUUGAACUGUUAUUGUUUGUGUGGAACACGCUGAGACACGAUACAAAAAAAAUACAUGUUAGCUUUAGUUUGUAUAAUUUAUUGAUUGAUUUAAUGAGAAGCAACUAUUGUUUCUCAAACAAUAUGUCAUAAGGAAAUAAUCGAGAAAAAAAAGAUAGAAAUAUGGUGAUGCUGUGAAAAUAAAGUCAUGAGAUAGAUAGACGCUCAGGAAGUGUCUCAUUUCCAAGGUGAACCCCCAUAUUGUAGAAAUGGAACCGUUUUUAUGACAUUCGUGUGGAACGUCUCCGUGAAAAGCGCCCCUUUCAGUUUUCAGCAAAGGUUUUUUUUCUUUCUUUAGAUGAGUUGAGAUUCGAACAGUGCGAGCAAAUAUAGUCUCCCCCAUUUUGUAUUUUGAUCGAGUUCGAGUUUCAAUCAAAAUACAGGACAGGGGUGAUCAGGAAAAUCAGUGCUGCAAGAUGUUCCAAUUUCAAGCUUUUUUAAAACAAAUAUUAGAUCAAGCAUCUUCCGAGUAAAACCUUGCUGCUCCCACAGUUAGGAUUAUUAGGUACAACAUUAUUCAGCAGUAAAGAACAACAACAACAACAACAACAAGAAGAAAAAAGCAAACAGCUCUUUUGAUGUACGUUUUACCAUUAAAGAAAUGAACUCGUAACAAUUAUGAAUUUAGUAGAAUAUUAACUAUUGGAGGCAAAACGUAAGUGUGAUUAACUCAGUAAACUAGUAAACUAACACUGACAAUGGGAACUGAAGAACAAACGCCCUCAAUGUUUGUAGUAGGAAACAAACACACUAUAUAUGAUAAAUAAAAAGACUAUAAUAAAAAAAAAUGAUGAACGCAA